AUGUUUAAGAAUAAUGUUACUGAUCAUAAACAAAAGGUGGAAGCCAUGAUUAAAGACAUUAACACAAUCUCUUUGGAGUUGAAGAAGAUGAAAGAGCUCUCCCAGUUAUUGCUUUGUGACCUUACUCUACAUUUUAAUCACCCUGUGAAGAUGGAAGACUUAAAGGGAGCAGAAAGAAGCAACUCCCUGUUUGAAGAGUCUGAAUUAUCUGAUGUAUCCCUUACUUCUAACAAAUAUUCUGUCUGA